AUGCUACUCGAAGUCACCUUAUGGGUUGAUAAGGUGGCAGAUUCCCUCGGUCAUUCACGACUCGUUUCUGGAUACAUCCGCCUGUUUGUCUUCUCAUACUUGGAGAUAAGACAUACAUGCUGCGACACCGUCCGCACUUGCCGUGACGAAGAUCCUAAUCAGACCGAGCAACCAUACCCUCGGUAUUCUCCAAAGGAACUACGACGCAUAACCAAGGAGGACGCACAUCUGCGCGCACGACUAGAAGAGCUUGUACCCGACCUCAUCUCUCAAUACGACUCUUUCGGUGGACAGCUCCAGGACUUCGUCAUCGACGUUCUCAUUCCGACAAUGCGCAGAACUGCGAAGGAGUUGAAAGAGGAGGAUGAGGCACUGUACGCGGCGGGGCGAAGAGAACUGGGCGUUAUCAUGAACGAGGACGGAGACAAAACUGAAGGGGAGAGUAUUGAAGUGGAAGAGGAAGAAACGGACGUCGAAGAAGAGUCGGACGAAGAGUACUGA